GUUUGCCGUACUUUAUGUGUGUUUCAAUGCAUUUCACAUCCCUUUCCGGCCAUACCUUCAAACUCAUCGUCCGUUCAGUCAAUCAAACACUGCAUUAGUUUUGAUUGUAUUUCCCAUUAAUUGUCACCACAUUUAACGAUGGCAAAAGUGAAGACACGAGACCUGCGAGGGAAGCGAAAGGAAGAGCUGGUGAAACAGUUGGAUGAGUUGAAGCAAGAGUUGGCCAAUUUGCGAGUGGCCAAAGUGACCGGCGGUACCGCAUCCAAGUUGUCGAAGAUCCGCGUCUUCCGCAAGAAUAUCGCUCGAGUGCUGACAAUCAUCGGUCAGAACCAGAAGGAGAACCUCCGGAAGCUCUACAAAGACAAGAAGCAUAAGCCCAUUGAUCUGCGACCGAAGCUGACCCGCGCUAUCCGUCGGCGACUCACACGACACGAGUCGUCGCUCAAGACUAGGAAACAGUUGAGACGCGAAAGGAUUUGGCCGCAGAGGAAGUUUGCGCUCAAACACUGAUUGAUGUUUGAUUUGAAUAGAAAAACAUGUUUAUUAUAAUGACUUGUGUUUUGUUCACUGAAUUUGAGAUAAAAUAAAGUGAUUUAAUAAAUAAAUACA